AAUGUCUGUGGACUCUAUUACAGAUCUUGAUGACAAUCAGUCCCGACUGCUAGAAGCUCUUCAACUCUCUUUGCCAGCUGAAGCUCAAAGCAAGAAAGAAAAGGCAAGGGAUAAGAAACUAAGUCUGAACCCUAUUUAUAGACAGGUUCCCCGGCUUGUAGAUAGCUGCUGCCAGCAUUUAGAAAAACAUGGUCUCCAGACAGUGGGAAUAUUCAGAGUUGGAAGCUCAAAAAAGAGAGUCAGACAGUUACGGGAAGAGUUUGACCGUGGUGUAGAUGUUGUGCUAGAAGAAGAACACAGCAUCCAUGAUGUUGCUGCUUUAUUAAAGGAAUUUCUACGAGACAUGCCAGAUCCACUUCUCACCAAAGAACUUUACUCUGCCUUCAUCAACACUCUCUUAUUAGAGCCAGAUGAACAACUAAGCACCUUACAGCUUCUUAUUUAUCUUCUACCUCCCUGUAACUGCGACACCCUACAGAGACUCCUGCAGUUCCUCUUUACGGUGGCUAGCCAUGCAGAAGACAGCACAGACAAAGAUGGCCAGGAGGUUAUUGGGAACAAAAUGACAUCACUGAAUCUGGCCACAAUAUUUGGGCCUAACCUGUUGCACAAGCAGAAGUCUACAGACAAAGAAUUCACAGUUCAGAGUUCAGCUCGAGCUGAGGAGAGUACUGCAAUCAUUGCUGUUGUACAAAAGAUGAUUGAAAACUAUGAAACGCUUUUCAUGGUUCCCCCUGACCUACAGAAUGAAGUGCUAAUUAGUUUGUUAGAGACUGACCCAGAUGUUGUGGACUAUUUGCUGAGAAGGAAAGCUUCCCAGUCAUCAAGCCCUGAGAUGCUGCGAUCAGAAGGUUCAUACUCUAUGGGAGGGAGACAUUCUUCCACGGACUCCAACAAAGCCUCAAGUGGAGAUGUCUCCCCUUAUGACAACAACUCACCAGUACUGUCUGAACGGUCGCUGAUGGCAAUGCAAGAAGAUGUUGCCCUCAGUUCAGAUAAGCUGUACAAGGUACCUGAACAAUACAUGUUGGUUGGCCAUUUGCAAUCUAAAUCAAGAGAGAAUUCGCCUGGAUCAUGGGCUGGGAAAGAUGUUCCAGAGGAUUAUUUCAAUAUCUGGGGCACCUGGCAUUCAACACUGAAAUGUGGCUCCAAAGAUCCAGGAAUGACAGGUUCAUAUGGAAACAUUUAUGAAAGCAGCUCAUUGCAACCUGGACGGUGCUCUCUUUCCCAAGGGAACCUAUCAUUGAAUUGGCCUCGGUGGCAGGGUAGUGCCACAGAAUUGGACAAUGGAAAGCAAAUAAUCCGAAGGAGUCAGACUACUGCUGCCAUUCCUGAAUGUAGGCCUCAUCCCCCAGUGUCUCGUGUUUGCAGUACUUCGCAAAUUGAAGGUGGCAGAAGGAAUUCAGACCAGUCCAAUUCAAGGUCUGAGCGGCAUUUGACUUUCAGUAGUGCAGAGGACCUUACAGAGCAUGACUCAAAUGUGGGUUGUUUGCCGAGAACAGCUAAACCUUCAUACCUGAGACAAGAAGGUAUAAGUAGAAAGGAGAGGCCACCACCCCCAUAUCCUGGCCCAAAAAAACAAACUUCUGCAUUGUCCCAGCGACCAACUCUCUCUUCAACAGUGCACUCAUUGUGGAGACUUCAAAGACCAGAAAAAAGUUCAGGGACCACAGCAGCAGGAGGACCAGCAGCUGAAUCAACUGACCAAUCCACCUCCAGUCAGCAGUGGCAGGCCUCACAGAACAAAGUGGGUAACACCAAUUCCACUCCUGCCAAUAAUCAGAACAAUAAAAAUGUAUCAGAGCCAGACUGGCAUGAUUGGCAAAGAGAGCGGUGGCAAAUUUGGGAGCUUUUAUCAGCUGAUAACCCAGAUGCCCUCCCUGAAACCCUUGUAUGAUCAGACUCUUAACAGAGAACUGCCCUCCAAGCCUACGCUUCUCUUGAAUAGGGAAAGAAUAGUGACAUUAGAAAAC